CCUCCACGCUCGCGACGAUCACCUCCCCCCGACGCACUUCGACUCGGACGAUAAGCAACCUACACACUUUACAAUCGCCGACGAUCAUGCCUGGUCUCCCGCGCAUGCACCACUGCGUGAAGAAGGCUCUACUUAUUGGCGUGCAGUACUCGACUACGUUGAAGGAGGUCGACCCCGUAUGGGAGUUGAGGGGGGCACACGAGGACCCGAAGACUGUCCGGCAGCUCCUGAUUGAAGUGUACGAUUACAAGCCAGAGGACAUUACUGUCCUCAUCGACGACCCCGAAAAACAGUAUGUCUGGCCCACGCAGGAGAACAUUCUUGCAGCUAUGCGAGAUCUAGUCAAGGGUGCCCAACCGGGUGAUCAUUUCGUCUUCUCUUUCUCCGGACACGGCAGUCAGGUUGUGAACAAGGACGGCACGGAGGAAGAUGGUUUCGAUGAGACACUCAUCCCCGUCGAUGCCAUAUUGAACCCGGAAUACAACACGUUCGAAGGGUACAUCAAGGAUGACGACGUGCGGAAAAUCAUCGUCGACUCGCUUCCAAGCGGCAGUCGCUGCGUUAUGGUCUUCGAUUGCUGCCACUCCGGCACCGCUUCAGACCUCCCAAAUGUGUUUUCGGACGGCCUGGCAUCUCCAUGCUCUCCUCUCACCACUUUCAAUCCGCGCCUUCCGUGGAAGCACUCGGCUAGCACCGACAUGGAGCAGAUCAGCUUCCAACGCACAUCUGCAGCUGGCCGCGCCGACGACUCAGCGCAGUUCGCGUGGAUGAGAGGGCACACAAGGAAACGGAGCCACACCAUGCCGCCCGAGUCGCCAGGGCCCGACGUCACGUCGUGGUCAGCUUGCAUGGAUAGCCAGAUCACUUACGGCGGACGGAAGGGUGGAUUCUUCAUCAAGGCCUUCACUGAUGCGCUGCGGAGCAACCCCCAUCAGACGCACGCGGAGCUCCUUCAGUCUGUCAGGCGCGAGCUCGCGAAGUACACCGCCGCACACAACAUGAGGAGGACUGGGCGUGGAAAGGGCGCAGAGCAACAUCACCCUCAAGCGGAGCCGGCGAUGUCACCUAGGGCGCAGCUCGGUAGUCUCCGUCAAGCCUCGUACUUCCAUACGCAGUUCACGAUGUGAUCCUCUUUCGCAUAGUGCUUCGCCUCCGAUGCCAAGCAUUGCUUUGUGUUCUGUUUCCUGACAUGGAUCGCGCAGCCUCAUUAAAUGUACGCAUGUAUAUAAUGUAUCCCAGUCACCGUCGGCCCUCCGCGUAUUGCUUGUAUUAUAUUCACAUUGUGCGACUCUUAUGUACGUUAUCGCGCUCGUCUAUUAUUCAAAUACC